AUGCUCCUGAGGGCUGGACAGCCGCCUCUCAGAAACUGUCGUGACCAUUUCUGAGAGCAGGACCCUUCCCCCAGCCCAAAGGUAGCUAUCCUUAAGCUCUGGGCCCACGUCAGUGGGAUGGGGAACCCAGGGAGCGGGCAAGGUUCCUACUUUUGGACACGUCCCGGUCUAGCUGACGACCUCCUCCUGAUUGCGUAUCACCUCCUGGUUCCUUGUGAAUCUAAGGCACAUCUAGUCACCCAGGGGUAGAGGCCCAGUUGGAUUCUUCCUCGCUAGUUCCGCCCCACCCCUGUCAUCCCCUCCCACAUUAAGAUGUUAGGAAGAAGGUAGCUCAGAGGAAAACAUCACUCUUUCUGGGUGAGGAGCCAGCCAGUGCCCCUGUACCCACAGGUGCUUAGGUCACUACUGUAUGAGACAUCAUGGUUGAAAAGCAGGCUACAGGAGAGCUCAGGGCUUCCCCCAAAAGCACCCCCUGCAAAGGAGACAGGCUAGAGGCGGCGGCGGAGGCAGGCCCAGCGGGAGGAGUGAGUCCCGAGUCCCCGCCAGAGAACGGUGGUGGUGGCAGGGGGCCUCGGCAGCAGCAGGAAUCAGAUGGUGAGCGGGAUGCAGGUUCUGAGCAGGCCCAGACCGUCUACCGUGACAUCUGGAGCCUGCGUGCUUCCCUUGAGCUGCACGCGGCCACUGCCUCAGACCAGAGCAGCAACGACCGUGACUCGGUGCGAAGUGGUGACAGCUCGGGCUCCGGGGGCACAGCGCCGGCAUUCCCACCUCCCUCCCCACCACCCACACCACGGUCCAUAGACAGUGAGGCGAGCGGGCCACGCAAGCUGCUACAGAUGGACAGUGGCUAUGCCAGCAUCGAGGGGCGUGGCGCAGGUGACGAGGGGCCUCCCAGCCUACCUGAGAAGCGCUCCUUCCCCAGCGUGGGCCACGUGGCGACCAUGGGGGGCAGUUUUGAGGGGGCCCCAGCAGAGGCACCCGCCCGCCCUUGCAGCCCACGCGCUUGGCCCCGCCGUGCCCCUCGCCGAGACUACAGCGUGGAUGAGAAGACAGACGCACUCUUUCAUGAGUUCCUGCGCCACGACCCACACUUUGACGACACCCCGCCCACCACUGCACGCCAUCGCACCCGCGCACACCCGCACCCCCACGUGCGAAAGCAGUGGCAGCAGCGGGGUCGGCAGCACAGCGAUCCCGGGGCACAUGCUGCACCCCCCGCCCCACCUGGGGCUGACCCCCGCCCGAUGCGUGCACCCCUGCGCCGUGGCGACAGUGUUGACUGCCCAUCCGACACCCGCGCAGGCGAUGAGCUGGCUGCCCCUGCGGGGCCUGCCAUCCCUGCCAUCGAGGAGGAGCCCGGCGGCGGUGGCGGCUGCUCUAACUCAGGCCUGUGCAUUGGGCCCCCUGGAGAGAUGCUGGACAAGCUGGCAGCUGGCCUGGACGACAGACUCUUCCUGCCACGCCUAGCCCAGCCUGUCUCUGGGGUCCCCCUGCUGGCAGCCGCUGCUGCACCCACAUCUCCAGACCACAGCCCAGCCUAGGACCUGUGCCCCCCUCUCCAGUUCCUUCAGUGCACGUGGGGCCUCCACGGCCAGACAUACGUGGGCACGAUGUCUAGACGUACCUGUGCUGGGACAGCAGGGCCUCACACCCAAGCCCACUGCCCCAGACACCCCAUGCUGCCCCUGGUGCACAGGUGCAUAGUCCCCUCCCGGCACUUUGCUGGGUUGGCAGGGAAUCGGGAGGCUCGAGGACCCUGGGUCAUCUGGAGGGAGCAAUGCUAUUCCCAUCUUCAGGCCCCCCAGGACCACGUUCACUUGCCCUUACCUCAGACAGUGUGGCCUCUGGGUGGUAGCACGGCCUUUGUUCGUGGGAGGCACAGACCAAGGCCUCCACCCUGGAGGGGCACUGUGGGCCAACUGUGGGGGGCGUAUGCGCAGGGUGCCCCUCCCAGCGCCAUCCUCAAGCUCUCCUGUUCUGCCCCAGCUGGAGUCUAUGCCAGGGUGCAUGCACUGAGCCUGCUGGGACAGGACCAAACAGUGCACCUGCCGCAGCCACCAACGCUCCCAAAGCCAUUUACCUCACCGUGGCGUGUUCUCGGCAGUCCGAGCCCCCUCCAAGCAAUAACCACACCCACUGCCGCCGCCUCCACCACCUUCGUCCUGGAUGGCUCCUCCUGGUGUCUGCCCACCCUCCGCAUGUGAGUGGGCCACCUGCCCCGUGGCCGCACGUCCAAAGAACGGCCAGGACUCAUCAGUGUUUGAGACUUAAACACAAAACCCAAAUGGCCAAGGUUUCAAGUUUCCUAAGCUUUAUUUAUUGCCAAAAGAUGGGUGGCUGCGCCCCCCUGCCCUGCCCCUCCAAGCUUCGAGCUCUGUACCAUCCAUCCAGUGAUGGAGUUUCUUGUGUUCUGUUUUCCAGUUGAUUAUAAGUAUUGACUGCACACUCUGUCCUUCUCUGGGUUUUGUCUGGGGACCCAAGCACACAGUAGGCCUUGAGGAAAAGGGCCAGUGUCCCACUGUCAGGCCCUGGCCCCUGCACUGUGGAACAGUAGACCCUGGGCCUGAGCAGAGGCUCUGGAGAGGCAGGGUCACCACUGGGAGAACAGCAGGGGCCAGUGUGGCCUUACAAGGCAAACCUGCCGUGGAUGCCCAGGUCUCCCAGCACACCAGCACUAAGCCUCAGACUAGAGCCAGUCCCUGUGCAAUGGGGUCCAUGGAGAGGCCCCGGCUCAGACUCAGACGCCUCACCUGACGGCAUGUCCUGCCACCCAACAAUUCCAAAACACCCCUCAUAAUCACAGCUCAAAUCCACCUGUUUUUAUUUUCUUAAAAAAAAAAAAAAA